AAGAGGAGCCUACAUCAUAGAAAAGUAGUAGAACAUAAACAGUUUGCUGUAGCAGUGGCCUUUUACAUUUUUAACUAUAUUUUUUAAAUAUUAAAAAAGAAUGCCUCUCAUUCAGGAUUUCAAGGAGGAUGAAAGUGAAGAGGAGGAAGAAGAAGAAAAGGUGUUCCUUAAGCCUGUUAUUGAGGACAGAAACAUGGAACUGGCCAGAAGAUGCACUGAAAUUAUAAGUGAUAUCCACUAUAAAGAAGAGUAUGAAAAAUGUAAAGGCAAAUUCACAUCUGACACCCCUCAGUUAAAUCAUGUGAAAAAUCUGAGUGCUUUUAUUUCUCAGGCAAAGUACAAAGGAUCUGCUAAAAAAGACCUUUCCAAUUCUUUGUAUAAACUGAUGCCAGCCACAAUUGACAGUGUUUUUGCAAGGCAAGUUACACAGCUUCAGAGCAAGGUACUCUACAAACAGAAAUAUGAUGCUGAAAAAGUGACAUCAGAUUAUGCACAUAUGACGGAGCCCCCAGACGUUAAGCAUGCUAUGGAAGUAAAUAAACACCAGAGUAAUGUGUCAUAUAAGAAAGAUCUGGAGGAUACACACAGAUACACGGAAGUGCUGAACAGACCAGAUAUAAAGAUGGCAACCAAGUUAACAAAGAUAAUAAGUGAUGCUGAAUAUAAAAAACAAAGAGGAGAAAUGAACAAGGAGACAGCUGUACUUGGAAGACUAGAUUUUGAGCAUUCUCAGGAAGUUUCUAAACUUUUAAGCCAGGUUAAAUACAAAGAGCAAUUCAAUAAGGACAUGAAGAACCACCAGUAUAACCCUCUUGGCAGUGCUUCUUUCAAGCAAGCACAGAUGGCAUCCAUGUUGGCGAGUGAUGUGAAAUACAAAAAAGAUAUGGAAAGUCUACACAGUCCAGCUUCAGACCUACCAAACAUCCUAUAUUUAGAGCAUGCUUUAAAUGCCAGCAAAAUGCAUAGUAAUUAUGAAUAUAAGAAGCUGUUUGAGAAAAGCAAGGGGCACUAUCAUUUUGCCUUGGAUACAACUGAACAGAUGCAUCACAAAGAAAAUGCUCUGCUCCAAAGUCAGGUGAAGUACAAAGAGGAUUAUGAAAAAUCAAAAGGCAAAUCAAUGCUGGAGUUCAUGGAUACACCAAUGUAUCAAGUUUCAAAAGAAGUUCAAAAGAUUCAAAGUGAGAAAGUGUAUCGCAAAGAUUUUGAAGAACAGCUUAAGGGAAAAGCAUCACUGGAUUUAGACAAGACCCCAGAAUUCUUGCAUGUGCAACAUGUCACCAAUCUUUUGAAAGGGAAAGAGUAUAGAAAAGAUUUGGAAGAAGGGAUGAAAGGAAAAGGACUGACAGUGUUUGAAGAUACACCGGAUUUGAUUAGAGUGAAAAAUGCAGCACAGAUACUAAAUGAGAAAGAAUAUAGAAAAGAUCUGGAAAAUGAAAUAAAGGGGAAAGGAAUGACACUAGUUCCAGACAUUCCUGACAUCCAGAGAGCAAAAAGAGCAUCUGAAAUUGCUAGUGAGAAGGAAUACAAGAAAGACCUGGAGACUGAAAUUAAAGGAAGAGGCAUGCAAGUUGGCACAGAUACUCCUGAGAUGCAGUGGGCCACAAAAGUUUCUGACUUUGUAAGCCAGAAAGAAUAUAAGAAAGAUCUAGAAACUGAAAUCAAAGGGAAGGGGAUGCGAGUGGGCACAGAUACCCCUGAGAUACGACGAGCCAAGAAAGCUUCUAAAAUUGCAAGCCAGAAAGAAUAUAAGAAAGAUCUGGAGACUGAAAUUAAAGGGAAGGGGAUGCAAGUGGGCACAGAUACUCCUGAGAUACAACGGGCCAAAAGAGCUUCUGAAAUUGCAAGCCAGGUGUUUUAUAAGAAAGGUGUAGGCUCUGGCACAGCAGUAAAAGAGACUCCUGAGAUUGAACGAGUAAAGAAAAAUCAGCAGAAUAUCAGUUCCAUAAAAUACAAAGAAGAAAUUAAGCAUGCCACAGCAAUUUCUGAUCCCCCAGAACUAAGAAGAGUUAAGAAAAACCAGAAGAAUAUUAGCAAUGUUCAGUACAAAGAACAGCCUUGCAAAGCUACACCUGUGACUGUCACCCCUGAGAUGGAAAGAGUCAAGAAGAAUCAAGAAAUUGUCAGCUUGGUUCACUAUAAAGGGCAGCUUGCCAAAGCUACUUCUGUCAGUGUCACUCCUGAGAUGGAAAGAGUCAAGAAGAAUCAAGAUAAUAUCAGCUCGGUCAAAUACAGCAGUGAUCAGAAGCAGAUGAAAGGUAGAUCUAGUGUGAUUCUUGACACACCUGAGCUAAGGCAUGUUAGAGCAACACAAAACAACAUCUCAAUGGUGAAAUACCAUGAAGAUUUUGAGAAGACAAAGGGCAGAGGUUUUACCCCAGUGAUGGAUGAUCCUGUGACAGAACGGGUGAGAAAAAACACCCAGGUUGUGAGUGACGCUGCAUAUAAAGGAGUACAUCCACACAUAGUUGAAAUGGAUAGAAGACCUGGAAUAAUUGUUGACCUCAAAGUUUGGCGCACAGAUCCUGGCUCCAUCUUCGACAUUGAUCCUCUGGAAGACAGUAUUCAGUCUAGAAGUCUACGUAUGCUUUCUGAAAAAGCAAGCCGUUUUAAUAAACAGCAUUUCCAUUCCAUCAGUGCUUUUGGCAUGAGUUUGGGAGAUGAAAAGUCAGAUGGUUCUGAGACAAACCCUACCCUUUCUUACUGCAGUGAGGUAACAAGGCCAUCUGAUGAAGGAGCCCCUGUGCUUCCUGGGGCAUAUCAACAAAGUCAGUCCCAAGGGUAUGGAUACAUGCACCAAACCAGUAUGUCAUCUAUGAGAUCGAUGCAUUCACAGCCACAUUCAGCAGGUUUGAGAACAUACAGAGCUAUGUAUGACUACAGUGCUCAAGAUGAAGAUGAAGUUUCCUUCAGGGAUGGGGACUAUAUCGUCAAUGUGCAGCCAAUUGAUGAUGGCUGGAUGUAUGGUACUGUUCAGAGAACUGGGAAAACAGGAAUGCUUCCAGCAAAUUACAUUGAGUUUGUUAACUAAUUUCUGUCCCUAGUCCUUUGAGCUUUAUUCUGAUUUAUUCUGAACUUAGCCCUUUUGAAACAAAAUACUCAGAAGCUUUUAAGACCACACGUUCAUUACUUUAUCACUAAUAUAACAAACUGAUGUAACAAUCACAAUCUGACACAUAUCCAAACAGUAUUGCUUAUAAUAAUACUUUGUAAGAACAAAAGAUGUAUGUGGAAGCCCGGUGCUGCCAAUCAUGUAAAGGUUUCCCUCCAUUAGCUAUAAAGGAGAUAUGUCUUUUUCCUAGAUUUCCUAAAUUCUCUUUUAAACAUAAUCAUAACAUAGAUUCUUUUCUUAUGUCACUUUGAAAUCACAAGAGGCUAAUACUUUCAAUUUAGCUGUUUAACAUUGAGCAUUUAAUGUUCCAAUAAAAAUUAUGACUGGAUAAUUCAGCCUAAGUAACAGCAGAUAAUAUGCUGGGAAAAAUCCUACUGCCCAGCAGCCUUAUUAGAAACAUAACAUCUUUCUUGACAGUGAAAGUUUCCCACUCUCAUUUGCCCACACAUCAGCACUAAUUCCUGAGUCUUACAUUUGCUCUCCUUCAUGACUGUGCCCUUAUCUCCUGUCAGUUUUGCUUGCUUCCCAAUGCAUCGGUUUUGAUUGUGCCUUGAUUAAUGGCAAAUCUGUGUCUUUUCCACAGAAUAUUUCCCACUGGCACUGUCCACAGUGCAGAGCCAAAUUGCUGCCUCUUUUCUUUCCCUUAAAUAAUAUAUGAGAGACAGGGUGGGUGAGGUAAUACAUUUCAUUGUAUCAGCUUCUGUUGGUGAGUGAGACAAACUUUUGAGCUUACACAGAGUGUAAAGUAGAAGUUGUCCCAGCGAAAUAUAUUACUCCACCCACCUGGUCUCUCUUAACAUUUAGUUAGCAAUGUCCAUCUUCAAAGUACUAUACAAACAAUUUCCAUUACUUCCUUUAUCCUUAACUGUCCUACUAUAAAAAAAUCUCAGAGGGGUAGCCGUGUUAGUCUAACUUUAAAAACAAGUUACAGAAUGGU